GGCUGGUUGUCGCUGUAUAGCGGGGUUUAGCGGAGUGAUACAGGCUGGGCGAUCUCGCCGCACUCUCCCCAUACUGAAACGGGCGCUGUGUACGGAGAGCGCAUCACGUGACCCGCCGGGCAGGAGGGCGCCCGGGUGACGUCACUCCCAGAAUCCCCCGCGGAGUUUGGCUCUUUCCUGCGGCCUCAGGGGAUAACGGAACCGGCGGGAAGCGGUAAAACGGGGGCGGGGUCUGUAUAGCCUCUAUUUACUGAUAUCCCAGUAUUACCGAGUGUCCUAACUGCCCCCUCUACCCAUAAUACCCCACUACAACUGCCCCCUCCAUAACAUGUACCCAUAAUACCCCACUACAACUGCCCCCUCCAUAACAUGUACCCAUAAUGCCCCACUACAACUACCCCCUCCAUAACAUGUACCCAUAAUGCCCCACUACAACUACCCCUCCAUAACAUGUACCCACAAUGCCCCACUACAACUACCCCCUCCAUAACAUGUACCCAUAAUGCCCCACUACAACUACCCCCUCCAUAACAUGUACCCAUAAUGCCCCACUACAACUGCCCCCUCCAUAACAUGUACCCAUAAUGCCCCACUACAACUACCCCCUCCAUAACAUGUACCCAUAAUACCCCACUACAACUACCCCCACCAUUACCUCCACCCAUAAUACCCCACAACAACUAUCCCCACCAUUACCUCCACCCAUAAUACCCCACAACAACUAUCCCCACCAUUACCUCCACCCAUAAUACCCCACAACAACUACCCCUACCGUUACCUCCACCCAUAAUACCCCACAACAACUAUCCCCACCAUAACCUCCACCCAUAAUACCCCCACUACAGCUACCCCACCAUUACCUCCACCCACCCAUAAUACCCCAACAACUACCCCCUCCAUAACAUGUACCCAUAAUACCCCACUACAACUACCCCCACCAUUACCUCCACCCAUAAUACCCCACAACAACUAUCCCCACCAUUACCUCCACCCAUAAUACCCCACAACAACUAUCCCCACCAUUACCUCCACCCAUAAUACCCCACAACAACUACCCCUACCAUUACCUCCACCCAUAAUACCCCACAACAACUAUCCCCACCAUAACCUCCACCCAUAAUACUCCAAUACCCCACAACAACUACCCCCACCAUUACCUCCACCCAUAAUACACCAAUCACCACCAUAACAUCUACCCAUAAUACCUAAAUACACCUACCUUUAGCAUUACCUGUACCAAUACACCUACCUCUACAACUACCUGUACCCAUAAUACCCCAAUACACCUACCUCUACAACUACCUGUACCCAUAAUACCCCAAUACACCUACCUCUACAACUACCUGUACCCAUAAUACCCCAAUACACCUACCUCUACAACUACCUGUACCCACAAUACCCCUGUAAAUGUACCUCGAACACAGCCUGUACCCCCAACUGUUACUACCUACCUCAUAUUAAGUCUGUAACCCCAAAUACUACUAACUACCUCUUAUUAACUGCCUGUAUCCCUAAUAGCUACUACCUAUCAUAAUCACAGCCUGUAUCCCCAACUUACACUACCUUCCUCUUAUUAACAGCCUGUAUCCCUAAAUACUACUACCUACCUAUCAUAAUUACAGCCUGUAUCCCCAACUAACAUUAUCUACCUCGCAUUAACAGCCUGUACCCCCAAACACUACAUACCUCUCAUUAACACAGCAUGUUACCCCAAAUACCACCUACUUCUUAGUAUCACAGCUUGCACCCCCCAACUACUCCUUACCUCAUGACAUCCACACAAGAAACACACAAAUACUAAGAGCAGCCACAUACAAAGAUUUACAGGAAUCCCUUCCACAAAUAUCACUGACAGCCCAUGUACAUACACAGCCCUUUAUGAACCAACUCUACUCAUGCACACAAUAUGACAGACGGUGGCACAGCACUAGAAAAAAAACGACACCCAGAACAUGCAUUUCUCAACAGUGGUGUCAUUUAACCUUUGUUUCAAUGAAUUGAUUUGUCUUGGAUUUACCCGUGGAGUCUUAUCCAUUGCAUAAACACUCCACAAGCAAAUCACAGUAGGAUCGAUCUUCCAGGUACAGAGUAAAAGGCGUUUGAUUCAAUUGUAGCAGCUGUAAAGAGUUUGUGCACAAGUCUAAGUGCCGCUAUAAACAAUACAAGAUUAAGAGUGCACAUUUCUUAUAGAUAGUUUUCACAAAUAAUACAUUGUACGUUUUUACUACAUGGCACUUUCCGGACAGGCACCCACGUUCACACACUUUGAGUGGGUUAUAAUUUUGAACUGAUUUAGAAUUCUGAAAUUCACACUUAAGUGAAUAAUGCUGACACUCGCAAACAAAACUAAAAUCUCCAUCUGCUGUUAUUUUGUCCCAGUGUAUCCUAAUUUGCCGACAUAUGUACUUUUUGUUUUUUUGUUCUUCAGUAUGAAAAAUGGUGACUCAGUCAUUAUUGCGUCUCCCGGCAGGGUGACAAGGGAGAUCACACAAGCAGGUGAGUUCGUUUUGCUAUUUUCUUUUCUUUCUUUACAAAACAUUUUGUGUAUUCAGAGUGUAAUAUUUUGUUGUCGUGUUAAUGAAUGAACGAGCAGAGAGGUAAAAAUAAUAUACCCACUGAGAGGCUGCAUAAUUCAAACUGACUCAACUGAAAGUAGAUAGGCUAAACAGUCAUCCCACCAUUUAGAAACUGGUACAGUGAGGGGAAAAAAGUAUUUUAGCCCAUGCUGAUUUAAGGGUCAAAUACUUAUUUCACUCAUUGACAUGCAAAUCAAUUUAUAACUUUUUUGACAUGCGUUUUUCUGGAAUUUUUUAUUUUUUUUUAAUUCUGUCUCUCACUGUUAAAAUACACCUACCAUUAAAAUUAUAGACUGAUCAUUUCUGUCAGUGGAUAAACAUUCAAAAGCAGCAGGGGAUCAAAUACAUUUUUCCCUCACUCUAUGUGAUUGGUUGGAACUUACUUUUGCAAAUAUGACAUCCCCUUUCUUAUCUUUUUAUUUUUUUUAAAUUAAAAAAAAAAAUGUAUGCAACAUGAGGAAAGCAUGCAAACUAGAUAUUGUCCUGUAUAGGUAACAGGUAGAAGUUCUUAGUCCAUACUUGUAUCAACUUGUAGUUUUAGUUCUUUCUAAGGAUCAAAAUAUGUUAACUCUGGUCCUUGCAUCUGCACAGCUUUUUUUUAUCUUGUUCAAAGCUUUAUCUUGCUGUUUGUCCCACACAAAUUAACUUGAUUUCUUUAGAACGUGUCGCAAUGGUGAGGUGACGUCAAAAAGGUUGGAUGCAAAUUUUGAGAGGUAGUUAACCAUGCCUAGUGCUGUCUCAGUACUGUUCACCUUUGUCUUUCGGUUGGUUCCAUGUCUUUCGCAUGCAGGGAAUUUUUUUUUUUUUUUUUAUCAGGAUCAGAUUUUAUUCAGUCAAUUGUGAGGAGUUUCCCCAAGAGAUUGCCAAUCACGUAUAAGGGUCUACAUAUAUGACAUACAGUUAACCAUGUUUCUACAAUAAAGUAUGUACUUUCCAUGAACUACCUGGUGGAUUAUUCUGAUGAGUGUGGACUGUUUGGGAUUAACCCAGCACCAAUAUUAGGAUCUGGGAUACAUUUAAUCAUGUAAGUGCUCACAUUGUCUUACAUAUUUUCCCCCGUAAUUUCGCCUGUAAAUUAUAGACCUGUGAGCUUAACUUCUGUGGCUGGUAAAAUAUUUGAAAGGUUAUUAAGGGAUAAUAUUCAAGAAUUCCUUGAGAAGAACAUGGUUAUCAGCAAAAAUCAGCACGGUUUUAUGAAGCACAGGUCAUGUCAAACUAACUUGAUUGCGUUCUACGAAGAAGUAAGUAGAAGUAUAGAUCAGGGUGUUGCAGUGGAUGUGAUCUAUUUGGAUUUUGCCAAGGCAUUUGAUACAGUUCCACACAGUAGAUUAGUGUUCAAACUCAAGGAAAUCGGUCUAGAUGAAAAUGCUUGUUCUUGGGUAAAACAUUGGCUUAAAAACAGAGUACAUUAAUUUUUUCAAGCUGGACAGAGGUGGCAAGUGGUGUCCCUCAGGGGUCUGUUCUGGGACCCCUUCUAUUUAACAUGUUUAUAAAUGAUCUUGAAGACAGCAUUGAUAGUCAUGUUUCAGUGUUUGCAGAUGACACAAAACUCUGUAAAAUAAUACAAUGUGAGCAAGAUAUUACUUUGCUGCAGUGGGAUUUAGAUAGACUGGGGGACUGGGCACUCAAAUGGCAGAUGAAAUUUAAUGUUGAAAAAUGCAAAGUUAUGCACUUCGGCGUAAAGAAUACACAAGCAAUGUAUACCCUUAAUGGAAGCGAAUUAGGGAUAACAACACACGAAAAGGACUUGGGAAUUGUUAUAGACAACAAACUAUGCAACAAUGUGCAAUGUCAAUCAGCAGUGGCCAAGGCCAGUAAGGUAUUGUCAUGCAUGAAAAAGGGCAUUCAUUCUCGGGACGAGAAUAUCAUUUUGCCUCUUUAUAAAUCACUGGUAAGACCACAUAUUAAAUAUGCUGUGCAAUUUUGGGCACCAGUUCUAAAGAAGGAUAUUAUGGCACUAGAAAAAGUGCAGAGGCGGGCUACAAAAUUAAUAAAAGGAAUGGAACAUAUCAGCUAUGAAGAAAGGUUAACAAAUUUAAACCUAUUUAGUUUAGAAAAACGUCGCCUGAGAGGGGAUAUGAUAACAUUAUACAAAUAUAUUCGGGGCCAAUACAAACCAUUGUGUGGAAAUCUAUUCACAAACCGGACUUUACAUAGGACACGAGGCCAUGCGUUUAGACUGGAAGAAAGAAGAUUUCGUCUAAGGCAAAGGAAAGGUUUUUUUACUGUAAGAACAAUCAGGAUGUGGAAUUCUCUGCCUGAAGAUGUGGUUUUAUCAGAGUCCAUACAGAUGUUCAAACGGCUACUAGAUGCAUACUUGCAAAAACAGAAUAUUCAAAGAUAUAAUCUUUCAAUGUAGGGUAAUAACUGCUUGAUCCAAGGAUCAAUCUGACUGCCACUCUGGGGUCAAGAAGGAUUUUUUUUCCUAGCUUGUUGCAAAAUUGUGCUUCAAACUGGGUUUUUUUGCCGCCUUUUGGAUCAACAGCAAAAAACAAAUGUGAGGUAGGCUGAACUUGAUGGACGCAAGUCUCUUUUCAGCCUAUGUAACUAUGUAACAAGUAACUGAAGAAUAUUGCUUGUUAUUUUACUGAGAUGCCCCAAGUAACUGACUUCUGUGGCACCAAUUAUGCAGAGCCAAGGUUUUCUGCUCUGCCAAGGUUUUCCUAUAGAUGAGAAUCGAUUAUGACUGCUUCUCCAUUUAAACCUUAAUAAAUUUAAUCUAUUUUCCUCUGAAAUUCAUCUUGGUCUGAUAUUAUCCUAAAAGAAAGAUGUUUGAACCCGUAUCGCCCAAAGACUGUGUUGAAAGUAGUGAGUUUAGACGAUUCUUCAUUGAGCUUAAUAGCCCAACAUCCAGAUCUAGCAACUAGCACACUAAAGUACUGAGCACCUGCUAGCUUGGGUGUGAUUUCUUCAAGAGUAGGUAAAGGAUAUUGAGGUUGUUUGUCUUGCCUUAUUGAGAUCUCUCCGGUCUAGACAUAGCCGUGGCUUUUCAGCAAUAACAAUGGAGUUAACCCAAUUGGUAAUCUAUGUAACUUUAACGAGGACACCCUGCCUCUCCAUGCUUUCGAGUUCUUCUUUAAAACAGCUGCGUAAUGUGAGAGUGAUGCAUCUCAGUGGGUGCACUAUUGGGGUUGCCUGUGGGUUUAAGUGUAUGGUACACUCUCCAGGGAGUAAACCGAAUCCUUUGAAGACGUCUGUGAAUAUCUCCAUGAUUGUUACAUUACUCAGACUGCUUGCAAUGGAUAGUACCAGUUUGAUGAGGUCAAAAUCUAUGCUGCUUUUUAGGCCUCUGAUGGGAGGUGUAUUCGUGUCAAUGAUGUAGAAUGUCAGGAACAUUUGAGUGUCUGGCAUUUCAGGUCGCAUUUGCCUUUAACUGCCAGUUGUACACCAUCGUAGCCAUAUAGGUGGCUAGGUGAUGGUUGCAGAGUGCACCUUGUGUCAGGAAAGUUACUUGCUUCCCAGUUCAUUAUGGUUGUAGGGACUCCAGCUGCAUCCAUGUAGAUCAGGCAUAGGCAACCUCCGGAACUCCAGAUGUUUUGGACUACACCUCCCAUGAUGCUUUGCCAGCAUUAUGGGUGUAAGAGCACUAUGGGGGAUGUAGUCCACAACAUCUGGAGUGUCAAAGGUUGCCUAUCCCUGAUGUAGAUAGAAGAGGUUCUUUUCUUUCUGAGACCAUGUAAAAUUUGGUUGUCAUGUUAGAGAAGCGUAUGUACCAGUAAAGCUCUGAUAUCUGCUGUACAUAAACAGGUGUCCAUUUAUUAAAUACAACAGAGAAGCUGCAUAAUUAAAACUAACUCAACUGAAACUAGAUACGGUAAACAGUCAUCCCACAAUUUGAACAUUGCUACGUGAUUGGUUGGAACUUACAUAUGCAAAUAAUACACAGAGUAACAUUUUCACACAUUAAUCCCGUGUUAAUAAUCCUUCCUUCCAUGUAUCCCAGGUCUGAAAGAAAGGGGAACAUUGGUGCAAAUGGAGAAACACACAUUUAGAUCUACUGAGCGACAACUGCAAUGAAGACAUUUUUCUCUACAACUGUGAAUCAAGAGGAGAGCACAGAGUGGAAACUGGUGGCCAGUCCGCUGGGAGAAAACCCAUUGGCUCAGGGUGCAGCUAUCAAUGACACUUCAAGUCUUGUCAUCCCAGGCUCGAGCCUACAGGAGAGCCCAGGCCUUAAUGACCAGAAGCGUUUUGUCUGUCCCCAGCUGCUCUGUGCAAAAACCUUUUCAUCAAAGUACAAGCUUUGCAGGUAACGUCACAUCCAAAUUGUUGGAAAUGCAAAGUUAAUUUCAAAUUUUGGAGUUGUUACUAUGCAGCGAUAUUAACAUUGCUUUUUCUCUGGCUUUCAAACAGACAGCAGCUCUUGUUACUUCCUGGUUGCUUAGCUCAGUGAAGCUAAACUCAAGGGGCAGCAAUUGCUCAGAGCAUCUGCCUUGUGAAGACUUCUCAUUGAGCUGCAUUAGGUAGUCUGUGAUUGGACACCCACAGAAAGUCUGGGCGGGGUUAGAAAAGGAGGGCUUGCAAAGGCCGCAGACAAGAGAUGUGCAGUUUUUGCAAACUGUUUAAGAUAUAACCCCAAUGAAAACAAAAUUAUAAUUAAAUGCAUGAAUGUUUUUAAUUGGGGUAUAUCUUUUUUUUGGUAUUUGGGCAGUGGAGUGUCUCAUUUAGCCUCAGUUUUGCAGAGUUGGAGAAUUUUUUCAGAUAAACUAUUUUUGACUACAUUUUGCCAUUCAGAUUUCAAGUUUAGUCCAUAACCAUGAUAUACUUUUGAUAUACCUAACUGUCUAUCUAUAUAAAUAUUUGGGAUUUUGUGGCAUUACAAAUUCCUCAGAACUAUAUAUCUCCUUACUUCUGAUCCAUCCACAUAUCAUAACAAAUAAUAUUUUCAUCUUUAUAAACCAUUUUAAAAAUGGCAUUGUGCCAAAUAAAAGUUAGUGAGGCAAACAUAGAGUCCAUUUGGGUUAUGUUAGAAUUUGGUAAUCACACAGUAACUCAUGUAGGUAUGAUUUAUAGGCCCCCAGGGCAAAUAGAAGAGUUAGAUAAUCUACUAGUUGAGGAAAUAGCUAAAAUGACAAUGAAGGGUUAAGUUAUCAUCAUGGGUGACUUUAAUUUUCCUGAUGUGAACUGGAAAACCAAAAUAGCUGCUUGUGCCAGGAGCACACAUAUUCUAAACUCCCUACUGAGGAGUAGGGAGUUUAGAACAAGUGGUUGAGGAGCCAACUCGUAAAGAGGCCAUACUAGAUUUAGUGUUAACAAAUGGAGAUUUGGUAUCCGAUAUUACUGUAGGUGUAAGUUUGGGAUCCAGUGAUCAUCAGUCAGUGUGGUUUAAUAUAAGAACAGAGACACAAUGGAAUCCAAGAGAAAUGGGAUUAUUUAAAAGUUACACUGCUGAAGGCAAUAGAAAAUUGCAUUAGGCUUGUCAGUAAAAGCAAAAACUUUAAAGGGACAGUAUAGUCACCAGAACUACAGCUUAAUGUAGUUGUUCUGGUGAGUAUAAUAGCUCCCUUCAGCCAUUUUCAUGUAAACACUGCCUUUUCAGAGAAAAGGCAAUGUUUACAUUGCCCCUAGAGACACCUCCAAGUGGCUACUUCUUAGAUGGCCACUGGAGGGGCUUCCUGGCUCAGGGCUGCACAGUAAACAGCCCUGCCGUUCAGCGUCCCCACACUGCAUGGAGACGCUGAAUUGUGCUCAUAGAGAUGCAUUGAUUCAAUGCAUCUCUAUGAGGUGGUCCUGAUUGGCCAAAAUGGCAUUGGCCGCGCUCCCGUGCCAAUUUUAGCCAAUUUAAUGCUUUUCCUAUGGAAAAGCAUUGGAUUGGCUAAAUAUCGGCCAUUUUGAUGAUGUCACAAAGGGGGUGGAGUUAGCGCCGACAGACCCGCGCGGCGCUGGAAAUAAGGUGAGUUUUAUACUUUUUAUAGGGGGGGGCAAGCCACCUAACUGGCAGGUUAAACACUAUAGGGUCAGGAAUACAUGUUUGUGUUCCUGACCCUAUAGUGAUCCUUUAAGAAACCACUGUGGUACUCUGCAGAUGUGGCCCAAAUAGUAAAAAACAAAAAGUUAGCAUUUAGUAAUUCUAAAAAAAAAAAAAAAACAACCCAGAGUGAGGAAGAUAGACAGGUCUAUAAGAUUAGGCAGAAAGAGGCUAAGCAAGUUAUAAGAGCUUCCAUAUCACACACAAGAGAAAAUAGCACAGUCCGUAGAAAAGGGGGACAAAACAUUUUUUUAGAUACAUAAAUGAGAAAAGGAAAGUAAAACAAGGAUUAGUUAGAUUAAAAACAAAAGAAGGAAGGUAUGUAGAAGAGGAUAAAGGUCUAGCUGACUGCCUCAAAGAAUAUUUGUGUUCAGUAUUUACAGACGAAAAUGGAAAGAGGCCUCAGGAAAAAGGAAAAAUUAGUCCUUUGUUACAUGUGAGUUUACAGAGGAAGAGGUUCUGUUUCAACUGUCAAAGCAAAGACAAAUGAGUCAAUGGGGCCUGAUGGAAUACACCCAAAGUUAUUAAAAGAGCUUAGUGGUGUACUAGCAAAACCAUUAACGGAUUUGUUUAACCAAUCAUAAACAGGAGUAGUCCAAGAAAAUUGGUAGUUAGCAAAUGUUGUGCCCAUUCACAGGAAAGGUAGUAGGGAGGAGUCGGGCAACUAUACGCCAGUAAGCCUUACUUCAGUAGUGGGAAAAGUAAUGGAAACCAUGUUAAAGGAUAGGAUUGUUGAACUUCUAAAAUCACAUUGAUUUCAAGAUAAGAGACAACAUGGGUUUAUUUCAGGGAGAUCGUGUCAAACUAAUCUUAUUGAUUUUUUUUAUUUUUUUAUUGGGUAACUAAAAUAAUAGAUCAGGCUGGUGCAGUAGACAUUGCUUACCUAGAUUUCAGUAAGGCUUUUGACACUGUUGCACAUAGAAGGAUUAUCAAUAAACUGCAAUCUUUAAAUUUGGAUUCCGAUAUUGUCGAAUGGGUAAGGCAGUGGCCGAGUGACAGGCAACAGAGGGUUGCAGUCAAUGGAAUAUAUUCAAAGCUUGGACUUGUCACCAGUGGGGUACCUCAGGGAUCUGUACUUGGACCUAUUCUCUUUAAUAUUUUUAUUAGUGAUAUUGCAGAAGGUGUUAAUGGUAAGGUAUGUAUUUUUGCUGAUGAUAUUAAGAUAUGUAACAGGGUUAAUGUUCCAGGAGGGAUAAGCCAAAUGGCAAUUGAUUUAGGUAAACUAGAAAAAUAGUUAGAGUUAAGGUAUCUGACAUUUAAUUUGGAUAAUUGAAAGAUAAUGCAUCUUGGACAUAAAAACCCAAAGGCAGAAUACAGAAUAUUUGAUAGAGUCCUAUCCUCAACAUCUGAGGAAAUGGAUUUAGGGGUAAUUAUUUCAGAUGACUUAAAGGUAGGCAGACAAUGUAAUAGAGCAGCAGGAAAUGCUAGCAGAAUUCUUGGUUGUAUAGGGAGAGGUAUUAGCAGUAGAAAGAGGGAAGUGCUCAUGCCAUUGUACAGAACACUGGUGAGACAUCACUUGGAGUAUUGUACACAGUACUGGAGACCGUAUCUCCAAAAGGAUAUUGAUACUUUAGAGAGAGUUCAGAGAAGGGCUACUAAACUGGUUCAUGGAUUGCAGGAUAAAACUUACCAGGAGAGGUUAAAGGAUCUUAACAUGUAUAGCUUGGAGGAAAGACGAGACAGGGGAUAUGAUAGAAACAUUUAAAUAUAUAAAGGGAAUCAACACAGUAAAGGAGGAGACUAUAUUUAAAAGAAGAAAAACUACCACAACAAGAGGACAUAGUCUUAAAUUAGAGGGGCAAAGGUUUAAAAAUAAUAUCCGGAAGUAUUACUUUACUGAGAGGGUAGUGGAUGCAUGGAAUAGCCUUCCAGCUGAAGUGGUAGAGGUUAACACAGUGAAGGAGUUUAGGCAUAAGGCUAUCCUAGCUAUAAGAGAAGGCCAGGGACUAAUGAAAGUAGUAAGAAAAUUGGACAGACUAGAUGGGCCUAAUGGUUCUUGUCUGCCGUCACAUUCUAUGUUUCUAUGUUUACAACUUGGCAGUUGAACACUCCACAAAGAGACUGUGUUUAAAUGUAUGAUUGAUACAAUGCAAGCCAACGAUACAUAGCAGGGGGCAAACAGACUUUGUAUUAGUUUUACAACUAACCAGCAAUGAUUCAAUACGACUAGAGAAAACAGUGCAGAUUUUAAUGUUAAACUAUUACAAUAAACCAUCAUUUAAGGUAGUGUAAAAUAGAACACCUCAAUAAUUAGACUUCAGCUCAAUCAUUGUUCACUGUUUGUUUUUCUUGCUUCAGACAUAUGGCCACACACUCCAUGCAGAAGUCUCAUCAGUGCAUACAUUGUGGGAAAAUGUUUCAUAGAAAAGACCAUCUGAAAAAUCACCUCCAAACCCACAACCCCAAUAAAGAAGCUCUGCAAUGUCCAGAAUGCAGCAAACACUACAGCACCAAGCAUGGGCACCGCCGCCACUUAGCCUUGCACGCUGCCGCCAGCGGGGACCUAAGUUGCAAGCUUUGCCUGCAGGUCUUCAGAGACAGCCAGUCUGUGUUGGAACACCUGAAGAGUCACUCACGGAGAGCCUCUGGAGCCAGCAAGGAGAAGAAGUAUCCCUGUGAGCACUGUGACAGGUGCUUCUACACCCGCAAAGAUGUGAGGAGACACCUGGUGGUGCACACAGGGCGGAAGGACUUCCAGUGUCAUUUUUGUGCUCAGAGAUUUGGCCGCAAAGACCACCUGACCCGGCAUUUGAAAAAGAGCCAUUGUGAAGAGACGCCUCGCAUUAAAAUUGAGCCUCCUGACAACAUGAGCUGCGGCUCAGCCAUUGUAAAGGAAGAGUUUAGUUCCCUCAUGUGUAUGCAGCCCAGAGACCUCAUGUCGGUGGGAAUGUACACUUCUCCGUUCCAGGCCAUGCCAAACACAAAUGCUUCCCACUCUCUCAUGCCAAAUUCCAUGCCAGUCGGGCUAAAUUACCCCAAUGAAUGUACAGCCUCUGUUUCUACAAGUCUUUCACCUCGACCAACUUCUAGGGUCCCUCUCACAUCUACCUCAUACCCCCCCAAAAGUGAGAUGGAUGGCUUCUCGGACGGCUCUGGCUGCCUUUCCCUUUCCUCCACGGAGUUAACCUCUUCUAUCACUCAGCCCCAAAUGGAUGAGGCACUUCUUUCUGUGUUAUGUGACCCUCUGUCCACCAGCAUUGACUUCAGCCAUUUCUUCGGUUUUCUGCCUGUAAAUCUCCCUCCUUGUAACAUUCCUGUGUCUACUGCAGGCAUGAUCAUGGGCUAUCCUCAGGGAGACCCACAACAGCUUCUGACCACUCUCAACCACUCUCAGGCUCAAAACAACUCAGGGGCUGCGGGUCCUUCUCCACCCCCCCUCUUUACCUCAGACUUUAGUAGCAGCAUACUGCCUCGGUUUCACCAAGCCUUCAAGUAAACAUGGUGUGACCAGCAUUUACCUCGAAAAGCCUUAGGACGCUUCUUGCCAUCUCAUGUAGGAAGAUUGGGUGAAUCUAGCAAUGGCCCUAAACAUUCAGCAACCACAGACCGACAGUCCAGUUUGUCCUCUUCCUACUGUUGCACAGUAACAGGUGGCAGAGAUUUACUUACCUCAGGAUCACAAAGACUGCAGCCCUCCAGCUCAAUUGGGGGCAAAAACCCAACAAUGUGAAAACAGUGGCAAUAGCAGCAGAGGUUGGACAGAUAUGAAUCGAGUUGGCGCAUCGCCCACCGUGCCUACAACUUGACGAAAGUUCCAUGUCACCUUUUUUUAGAAUAGCCUUUCUCACUAACCAAGCCUGGUCACUAGGCAGGUGGCUAUGGGAACUUUGUCAUCUGACCUUCAGAGACACAACAUUUACAUCCUCUGUUACUGUAUCACUGUAUCAGUGUCCUAUUACAUAUCCAGCAGGGGAAGCCAUCCCCCGAAUCUGUUACAUGUGAGAUAAGGGAUACUCCUCUCUGAAAUCAGUUUGUUCUGAUUUAGAGAUCUUUCAUGUCCACUCACUUCCUAUCUAACAUUACCUCGUGAUGCAUUUUGAAAGAACCAGUGGUGUAAGAUGUAUACGUGAUUCCGACUUUCCAAAAUUAGAUGCUCAUUUCAUAGAUCAUGCCAAAUUCAGAGUAUCUGUUCAGUUUUCCCCCAUGGGGAUUCAAAUACGAAGGCCUUGUCAUAUAAUCUACAAUCUAAGAUCCCCAGGUGGAUUUACAAGUUUACUCACCCCAGCAAAACCUGGUGUGUAAUAACUGAUCUUCCAUAGUGCAUUAUACCAAACCUUGGCCUAGAGCCUAUUUAGCAGGCUUGCAGCAGCACACUACAUACCACCCGUUGUAUCUAGAAUAUUUCCUGCUCUGGUCACUAGUUGAUUGAGCAAUGUGUCACUCACCACUUUGGCACUUGGCAAGAGUUUGUUUGUUUGUUUUUAAAAGUAGCUGAUAUAGACAUUGCAAUGUUUUGUAAAGUUUUACAAAUCUCAAAAUAAUGUUCCGUUCUAUCACAAACCUAAACACAAAGGAUUUAGGUUGCAAAUAUAUUAUAAGCUGUGAGAGAUAUUGUGAUACGGAAUGGUAAAAUCAUGCGUCUUGCCUCUCCGCCAAAAUGUUUGUGGCUUGUGAAAACCUUCAUGUGGCAGAUGAGCAAGUAAUAAAUUGUUACAUUUAUAUAUUUUUAUUGUAGGGAGAGAGGAAAAAGAAAAACUUCACUUAAGUGCAACUUAUGUUUAAAUACUUUUUAUCUUUUAAUGUCUAACACCUCAAAGGUCAGUGAGCUGGCUUCCUGUGAGCUAGAAAGUUACAGCGGUGCUAUUAAUCCCCCUUGUUUGCAGAGCAAACUAUCCCUCAUGCUUGCCAGAUGAGAACAUGCCACUCACAGUAGCAAUGCUAACCUCCAUUUUUAUACCCUAGACCUUAUGAUUUUUUUUCAUUCAAUUCAUUAUGCCUUAUGAUAUGAACAUUUUUCUUGCCAGCAGUUGAAGCACUGGCCAGUCAUGUUAAUAUGGUAACUCUGCUGUUCUUAAAGUGACUCCCAAUUUCUUGUGCGAGCUUAGCUCGUUAGGUAGUUGGCACUUCCUGUGCAGGGACCAGACAUUUAUCUUAGCUCUUUUUUUUUUUCUUUCUUUCUUUCUUUAGAUCGCACUUGUAAUGAGGACAUUGUUGUAAAACGCAUAGCACUUAAUAGAAUACAUAUUGAAAUUGGAGGUGUUGGUACAGGUCAUCUGUCUGAGCUUUCAGCACUAUGGUGGCCUGUUUAUGGUAUUUAAACUGAGCAUCAUAGGAAUAUAAUGCACAACUGCUGGAGUUUAGGUUAGCCUUGACUGUUUUAGCACACAGAUGGUUAAGUAGAUCUCCAGAUCUUGCUAAACCCAGCUUCAUUAAUCCUCUGCUAAUAUCUUCUGGCAAACAUAUUAUAAAUAAUUAGCUGUAGUAGUGCAGCGGGCCGAUCUAUAUCCUCAAGAUACAGGGGGGAAACAAAUCCUCUCAGUUUGACCUCAUUUUAGCUUUAAGCCUGCAGCUACCAGUUGAGUCAGAAGCUUUGCAUGGGAGACAAUAUAAUAAGCAAGAAUCUUGGCUUAUAAUAAUUAAAGGGACAGUAAAGCCAAAAGCUGACAUGGACAUAUGAUGAAAACUAAAAUUUUCCCACUUGUCUAUGAAUUUCUGUGCUAUUAUAGUGUGUACCAGGCUCCCCAAUUCUAUUCUGUCUUUUCCAUGAAGACCUGUCUAACAGGCUUCCAUGCUGUAGGUGCGGAUAGGUUGCUAAACUCUGUUGUUGCUGUUAUAACAUCAGGAGUGUCUGUGAACACUCUAUAUACACACCAGUGUAUGUACACUAAAUUGCAUAUACAGAUCCUCUGAUGGUCAGUUUAAUCACUGCCUUGAUGACAACAGAGGAAGCCAGGCAGUGAGUACACAAGCAGUAUUUUCACACACUACUCAAAAACACAAUCUCCUCGGACAGGGAAGAAAAUCAGUUUUAUUCAAUCAUGCUAGAGAUGAUAAAAAAAACAAACAAAUGCUGGAAUGCUCCCUUAAUUAAUGUUUAGGUCUGACCUAUUUGUGUAUCAGCACUAAAACCUGUUGCACUCCCUUUCUGUAUAAAUAUGUUGAAAUGCAGGGGUGUUAAUGGAAGUGUUCAGGAAAGGUGAUGUUUUAAAGGGACAGUAUCAUACCAAGCAUGCCAAUCCCCUCUUUUUAUAUUGGUGCUGCUAAUUUAUCUAUACAUUGUGCUAGCAAAUGUAUCGAUAUAAACUUUGUUUUUUUUUUAAUAUUUGUGUACAUACAGGUACACAUAAUUACUACAAAGAUGGCCGUUGAAAAACGGAAGCAAAAAGCGAUGUGCUCUGCCACAUGGUGUACUUUGUGGACCUGCAUGCACUUAAAUUGCAGAAUUUUCCGUUCCUGGCAGACAUCUUUGCAGACAUAGAUGGAAUCUUUAGGUAAAUGUAUGGUUUAAUCUAUAUAUUUGCUACCAAUUUAGCCAGCAAUAUCUGUGGGAGUAUACGUGUACCUACUUGAAAAUGAAUUUGCAUCCACUUAGCAUGUGGGAAUUAGAGUGCCUUUAACCCGGAUAUUUGUCUCACUGCCCUUCCUCUUGCGCAGCGGACCAAUUACCUCCUAGCACUUUCAUAUCCAUAGUUUGGUUUUAAUAUAUGCCGUUUCUGGAAUUGUUUUAUUUUGUAUUAAGGGAGCGAGGGCCCAACUCCUAAAAGGCUCAGCAUCGUUCCAGUGUAUUAAUAUGGAUUUUGGUUUACAGUGUGAAGCUUACUAAAUAAACGUUCAAUAGUGUUUAAAGUUCAUAGCUGGUCUUGUUUUGUUUAAGGGAUCUAAGAAAGUAUACUUUUUAUCCACACAAAAUAAAGUGAAAUUAAUUCUCCA